CUCUUAGUGUAAUUUCAUUCCAGAGAAAAGGAAGCAAAAUGUCUGCCGAAGGCACAAGAUCGGGGGACAAAAAACCCCGAGAUACCGCCUUUAAACAACAACGGCUGCCGGCAUGGCAGCCUAUCAUGACCGCAGGGACUGUCCUGCCCGCCUUCUACGGCGUGGGGCUGCUCUUCAUCCCCAUCGGGAUCGGCUUGCUGGUCACGUCCAACAACGUCCAGGAGAUAGUGGUGGAUUACACCAAUUGUAAGCCGGCCGGCGCUAACCAGACGUGCUCGGAGGUGGUACAGAACGUGAGCAGCCCGGGAACCUGCGUGUGCCAGGUGGACUUCAGCAUCAGCUCAGACAUCACGGGGAGUGUCUACAUGUACUACGGCCUGACCAACUUCUUCCAGAACCACCGCAGAUACGUCAAGUCUCGCGAUGAUGACCAGUUGUUGGGAGUGAAGCAAUCCAAGUCCACCCUGAACACGGACUGUAGGCCAUACGAUGGGGAAACAGUCAACGGUACCUUCAUGCCAUAUGCACCCUGUGGAGCUAUUGCUAACAGCCUCUUCAGUGAUACCCUGACCCUGUCCUAUGGCAGCACCCCAGUGGGGUUGAUCAACACCGGGAUCGCUUGGUGGACGGACAAGAAUGUCAAGUUCCGCAACCCGACUGGGAGCAACUUACAAGAUGCAUUUUCAGGUACUCUGAAGCCCAAGUACUGGCAGAACCCAGUAUACGAGCUUGAUACUGACCAGCCGGACAACAACGGGUACCUGAACGAAGAUCUCAUCGUCUGGAUGCGAACCGCGGCGUUCCCCACGUUCCGUAAGCUGUACCGGCGCGUGAACCACACCGAUACCUUCCAGGACGGUCUCCCGGCCGGGAACUAUACCCUGACUGUGGACUACAAAUAUCCCGUUACAGCGUUUGAUGGCACCAAGCGUAUGAUCCUCAGCACGGUUUCAUGGCUCGGAGGGAAGAACAGCUUCCUGGGUAUCGCGUACAUCGUGGUUGGCUGUAUCUGUCUCAUUGUCGGCCUCGUUUUCACCAUCAUACAUAUCAAGUAUGGGAAAAAUGAGGAGGGUGAACUGGCCAAACUUGUAGCUUCCCAGCAACGAUUAGCUUCCCUUUCUUCUACAGAGAGACAAUAAAACUCGGCAACCUGACAUGACAGACUUGGGAACUGGAAUGUAAAGAAAUGAAUCAGAAGAAGAGUGAGCACCCCUAUAUUACAAGUAGAGCAGUCCAACUUAGCAACAAGUAACCAAUCAGCAAGAACAAUAUGGAAUGCAUGAAUGUUAUAGGGGGUAUCAUUUGCUUUUGUGAUUAUGAAAAACUUUUCAAACUGCAGUGGUUUUGUGUUUGUAUGAAAGAAUGAAUGUUUACAUCAAGCCUGCAAUCAUUUGUGUAAUUGUUGAUAUAGUUGCAAAGUUGUACAUAUCUUAGCAGUUUUGGACAAAAAUUUUAGUCAUACUAUGAUCUGUAUAUUAAGAGAUGAAUAGUCUGCUAAAAAAAAUUUAUAGUAGAUGAAACAUUAAAUAAGUAAUUUGGUGAUGCCAAUCUAUGAUUAGGCUAUCUACAACUGGCCAUGAAAUACUAUUACAUGUAUAUAUGGUGCAAUAUUGAAUGGGCAACCAAGAUUGAAUGUCACAAUCUGGUAUUAUUGAGGGUUUAUUACAUGUAUAUUAUGUAAUGCAUGUUUAGUUGGAAGGUACAAUACAUUGUAAUAGAAGGCUAGGGAAAAGACAACAUUUUGACAAUACACAAGACUUGUAUUGUUACUCUAGAUGUACAACUCAGCAGAAACUUUAUUGUAUAUGUAACCUUUCUUUUCAACUGUUUUGGUCCAAUAUAUUUCCUUCCCGGAAUUCGAAAGAGUUCUCAGGCAGUAAGUUUUACCUUGUACAAAAGAAUUUGAUGGGGAAUUAUAAGUUACAUUGUGCAAUGGCCGACUUGUGUAACCUCUUAAGCCUAAAUCAAAAUUAGGUGGUAUGGACAAUAUAUUUAUAUUUUAUCCUGACCUGUGUUGUGUUGGGUUAUUGUUGAAGUGGGAUUUUUGUGCUUUCCGUACCUUUUUAAAGAUCAAAACAGAGAUAAAUGGGUUUUACAACUGUUUAGUAUUAUACAUACAGAGGUCUAAUGAGAAUCCAAUUAGAGAAAUCCAACUUUUGAUGUACAAUGCUGGUCAGUAGUUUUAUAUAUGAUUUUCCGUUAGUAUCAGAAACAUUCCCUUGUUAUGUAACAUCACUUGGCAAUGCCAGCGUUAUGUUAAAGUGUGCAACUGAUGAGGUGACUCCAAAAGACAAUUUUCUCGAUUUGAUUAAGUACUUUGCCAUUAACUUUUUCCAAGACGUGCAAAGAUGUACCAUUUUUACAAUGUCUUACGUUAUUAGUAAAAGUAUCCCAAGCUAAUAGGCCCUUCAAAGGUAGUGGCAUUUGUACAUUGUGUAAGUUUCUAAAUAACAUGUCAAAAUGACUGAAUCCCAAAAUGUCAUUUUAUAUGAUGAUGAUAUCAACGCAUUGCUGGAACUGAGCAGAACAAAAUGAUCCAACUGUCUGUUCAAAACAGCGGAACAAAAAAGUUUGGAUCUGCUUGUUACAUAACAUUUAGAUUGGUUUUAGGGUCAGGCAGAAUGGGGAAGCUUAGUAAAUUUGCAGACAAGAUGUAUUGAUUUCUUUUACUUUAUAGACUUCACAAAUGAUGUGUUAAAAGCAUGCUUUGAUAUUUGUUUUGUGUGUUUUUUUGCUCAACAUUGUUGGUAGAAUGAAGUAGUCAAUGUUGUGUUCAAGUUUACAUAAAGAAGAAUAAAUAUACGAACAUUUUUA